GAGUCCUCAACCUCCUCUUUGCCACAGCAGCUGCCGACAGGAAGAACCGCCUCCGGCCAAUCAGACGAUGGCGUCGAUGGGUCCCGCCGAGCUCUUCUUCUGCAUCCUCUUCAUCACCUGCUGCUGCACAGUGGCUCAGGUACCAACGGACUGCUGCUUGAGCGUCAGGAACAAACCAGUAAGAAGAAUCAUGGUCGUCGACUACCGGAGACAGAUCGGAGGACACGGCUGCUCCAUCGACGCCACCAUUCUGCUGACCCGGCGCGGUAAGAAGCUGUGUGUGCCGGCCGACCAGCCGUGGGUCACCGCGGUGGCGAGGCACGUGGACGCCCUGAAGGAGCGUUGCAGGAAACGGCAGCACAAGAGCAACCGCUGCAACGGGGUGAAGUAAACAUGAGGGCGACCUUUGACCCCGACGGAGCCAGAGAGGACCACAAGGGAGGAGGAAUCGAACAAAUAAAUACAUUAUUAUA